UUAAACAUAGAAUCCUUGUCGUCAGGCUUUAUAUGGGCAGGAAGUGCAUGGAUUGUCAUCAGCUGGUAAGCCUAUUUCUGGCUGGACAGCCCGGGAUGCCAUACAGGAGUGUCGAGAAGCCUGCGGUGGCCAUGGAUACUUGAGAUGUUCAGGAUUGAUAUACUUACGCAAUGACAAUGAUGCUAACUGCACCUAUGAAGGUGAUAAUAAUGUCCUGCUGCAGCAGACUAGCAACUGGCUCAUAGGUGUAUGGAAGAAUCGAUCGGAGAUGUCUGUAGCUCAUCCUAUGGGUACUGUGGAUUACUUUGAUCAAGGUGACCACAUUCUACGCCAGACAUGGAUGAAUUCCCCAAUAAAUGAACACUCUACCAAUCUAGAUGUGGUAAAGGUAUGCAAAGAUUCUUUACGGUGGCUGGUGUGUUGGCUAUGUGAGAGAACCAGCGCUGAGUUUCAGGCCCAGAUUGCUGCUGGUAUGGAUCCGUUCACUGCUCGGAACAACACCCAGGUUUACCUUGCAAGAAAUCUCUCUAUUGCCUAUGUUACAGAAGUGAUACUUGCAUGGUUUGAAAAAUCCAUUCGUGAAGCAGAGGUAGCCCUGCAACCUGUUCUGUACCGACUAUGUGCAUUGUUUGGCCUCACACAACUGGAGAAGCACAUACCACAACUUGUUGAAGGAGGCCUUAUUCAAGAAGGAAAUUUCAUCUCGAGGGUUCAUCUGCACAUAAGGCGUCUGUGUGCUGACCUGCUUCCUGAUGCUGUGGCGCUUGUAGAUGCCUUUGGACCACCAGACUUCAUCUUACGCUCAGCACUUGGAAAUGCUGAUGGGAAGGUUUACGACCAUCUGAAGACAACAAUGCUCACCGCCCCAGGAGCUGCAACACGAUCCAAGCACUGGCAAGAGAUGAGCUACAAAACUCCAGCUUCCAAGCUUUAACCCUCAAACCGCUAGGGGCCCAAAUGGAAUUCACACCCACAGGCGCAACAAAAAAAAAAUCAAAAAAAUUCUUUUGUCUUAUAGAAGUGUUCAUUUUUGUUCCCUGAUCACGGAAAAAAU